AUGAAGGGCUCUGAAAACUCGGGCUCCUCGCUGCACGAGAUCCCAAUGGAAAUGGAUUUGACGGCAUCGGGACCACCAAUAUCAGAUGACGAAAUAGAUAUGGAAACAAGGGAAAGAAAAUACAUCACGUAUGCGAAAAGGAUACUGCCACAUGUUGGACUCGUGUGCUUACUUUUUGCUUACCUUUUAAUUGGAGCCACAAUUUUUCACGCAAUUGAAGGACCAAACGAGUUAGUGCAGCGAGACUACGAGCUACGGACAAUCUUUGGCCUACGAGAUGAUUUCCAGGAUCAUAUCUGGAACAUUACGCAGGAUGACGACAAUCGAAUCUCACGAGAUGCUUUCAAUUCGAUUAAUCAGGAAUACUUUGAACAACUGGUGAAGAACAUAUUCAUUUCAUAUAGAAAUCAAUUUAUCAACGAAAACCACCUCACAAACAAAACGAAGGGAGAAGACUUACUCUGGACAUACCCCAAUAGCAUUUUCUUCGCCACCACUGUUAUUACAACAAUCGGGUAUGGAAACUUGGUCCCAACCACUACGUCCGGACGUGUUGCAUGCAUAAUUUUUGCACUAUUUGGGAUUCCUUUACUGCUCGUAACUAUUGCGGACAUUGGGAAAUUUCUGUCAGAAUUUCUCAGCUUCCUCUACAAGUCCUAUCGCGCUUUCAAACGAAAAAUUCGAAAGCAAUCACGUCGUAUUUCGCACCAUUACCGAUCAUCAUCGCAGUCGCAUGCUAGUGAUAACGGAUCCUCUAAGGCUGCCACGAAACCGAAUACCGAAAAGAAUAUAACAGAAUUGCUCAACGUUCAGGCAGGUUCUCUUAAUUUGCAAGAAAUGGAUAGUGGCUCAGAAUCCUCUAUGGAAGAUGAACUAAGGAUUCCAGUAUUUAUGUCAUGGGAAGGACUUCAGUACUUCGAAGCAUUCUAUUUCUGCUUCAUUACAAUGGCAACAGUAGGAUUCGGAGAUAUUGUCCCGACGGAACAAGUCUACAUGUUUUUUACGAUGGCAUAUAUUAUUUUCGGUUUAUCACUAGCCACAAUGUGUAUUGAUUUAGCGGGUACAGAGUACAUUCGAAAAAUUCACUAUCUUGGCAGCAAAAUGGAAGACGCUAAAGGCGCAGUGAUCUCUGGUCUUCAAGUUGGUGAGCACAUCUUAAAACACACUGGUAUCGAAGUAAUGAAAACCGCUGGAGGAAAAUUAGUGCAAGUUCGAGGAGCGGUGCUGAACUCAAAACAAGCACGAGAACUUGGUAUAGAGUACAUACUGGCGGAUUUACAAUAUCAGCAAAGAAACAUCCUUUACGAACCACUUAGUCCUACUGUAGCCAAGCUUGUCAAAGAGAGCAAUAUUAAGGUACUACCAGACGAUAUCACUGAAAAGGAUGGUUAUAUUGUACAGAAUAAAAGCUAUGAUAAACCGGCCUUGGCGAAAAAAGGAUAUGUUCGUGUCAGCGGAAACAUUAUUCACAAGAUUAUGGUACCCAGCAAAGGUGGACCAUCACUUGUUAUACCUUGCUUCAUUCACAAGGAGACAGACAUUUAA